UCCGGCUCCCGUCGCCGGUAACCGCCCGCCGCGGGCCGGGCAGCGCCGGGACCGCCAGUAAACGCCCGCCGUGGGAGGAGCGGCGUCGCGGUGCUCGGUAACCAGGCCGGGAGAAGCAGCGGCCGCCCAGCCCUGCGGUUCCGGCAGGAGUUCUUCAGAUAACCAAGAUGCACUUCCAGUGGGACUGGCUGUGCUUGGGUGUCCUGAUAAUUAGCUCAGUGACUGCAGGAAUGCGAAACGAAGAAAAUCUGGAUGCAGAUGUUGAAGUGGAGAAUUUUGACAAGGAGUCCCAAGAAGCUGAUGUUGACAGAGAUAAAUCUUCUAUAGAGGUUGUGUACCAGACUCCAAAGCCAACUGGGGAAGUGUAUUUUACAGAAACCUUUGAUGAAGGAUUGUCUGGGUGGGUGUUGUCUGUAACUCUGAAAGAAGACAUGGAUGAUAAUGUUGCUAAGUAUGAUGGAAGAUGGGAAGUAGAAGAGCUGAAAGAAAACGCAAUGCCCGGAGACAGAGGAUUAGUGUUAAAAUCAGUGGCAAAGUAUCAUGCAAUAUCAGCAAUGCUAACGAAAGCAUUUGUUUUUGAUGACAAACCUUUGAUUGUUCAAUAUGAAGUGAAUUUUCAAAAAGGCAUUGACUGUGGUGGUGCAUAUAUUAAACUUCUCUCCAGUAGCAAUGACUUGAAUCUGGAAUACUUUUUUGACAAAACACCCUACACUAUUAUGUUUGGACCAGAUAAAUGUGGAGAAGAUUACAAACUACAUUUUAUCUUCAGACAUAAGAAUCCUAAAACUGGAGAGUAUGAUGAAAAACAUGCUGAACGUCCUGAUGUAGACCUAAAAAAAUACUAUUUGGACAAGAAGACACAUCUAUAUACUCUUGUGCUAAAACCAGAUGAUACAUUUGAAAUAUUAAUCGACCAAAUAGUUGUCAGUAAAGGAAGUCUUCUUGAGAAUAUGAUUCCUCCAGUAAAUCCUUCCAAAGAAAUAGAGGAUCCUACUGAUAAGAAACCUGAUGAUUGGGAUGAGAGACCAAAAAUACCUGAUCCAAAUGCUGUCAAACCAGAUGACUGGGAUGAAGAUGAACCUGCCAAAAUAGAAGAUCCUGAUGCUGUUAAGCCUGAGGGGUGGCUUGAUGAUGAACCACAGUAUGUUCCAGACCCUAAUGCAAAUAAACCAAAGGACUGGGAUGAAGAAAUGGAUGGGGAGUGGGAAGCCCCUCAGAUCCCUAAUCCAAAAUGUGAGACUGCACCUGGUUGUGGAGAGUGGGUGCAUCCCAUGAAGAAUAACCCAAAGUAUAAAGGAAAAUGGAGAGCACCUAUGAUAGAUAAUCCUAACUAUCAGGGAAUCUGGAGCCCUCGGAAAAUACCAAAUCCUGACUAUUUUGAAGAUCUUCACCCAUUCAAGAUGACCACUGUCAGUGCUAUUGGUUUAGAGCUCUGGUCUAUGACAUCUGAUAUCUACUUUGAUAAUUUCAUCAUAUGUUCAGAAAAAGAAGUAGCAGAUCGCUGGGCAGCAGAUAGCUGGGGCUUGAAGAAAUUAGUAGCAAGUGCUAAUGAGCCUGGUAUGUUUAGUCAAUUGGUGACUGCUGCAGAAGAACACCCAUGGCUCUGGGUUCUUUACAUCUUGACUUUAGCUCUCCCUGUUGGUCUAAGUGUGUUGUUCUGCUGGCCAGGAAAGAAAUCAGAUGAAUAUAUUAACUUCAAAAAACCUGAUGUAUCUAAGCAAAUUACAAAGGGAGAACUAAAGGAAGAGACAGAAGAGUUGGAAGAUAAUGAACUAGAAGAGGAAAAAGAAAAUGAAGAUACUGGUGAAGAUGAGAGAAGAGAAGUGGAAACAAAAAGAGAGCUUAUAAAGGAUACAAAGAAGAUGGGAAGAGAGGCUCCCGUUUCAGAAGAUGAAGGUGGUGAAGAUAUUUAUGAUGAUGAAGAAGAAAAUGAAGUUCCAGAUGAAAGUCAAGAAGGUGAUGAUAGAUCAAAUAAAUCUGAUUCAGAAGAUGAGAGGAAAGAAGCAGAUGAAGGAAUGGGAGAUCCUCCACUGAAAUCAGUGCGCAAAAGAAGAGUACGAAAGGACUGAGUUAUUUCUAGCUGGUGUUUACAGGUCUAGAGACAGUGACAGUAAUUUUUGAUGCGCCACUUCAGUGGGCCUGGAAAAUUCCUGAGCUUUGAUGGGAAAAGAGCGGGGGUGGGGUGCUAUUUAACCUCUUUAUUUUAAUUCUCGGACUGCUUUAGCCACCCCAAACUUCCUCAAGUCCGUUUUUUUAAUGAUAAAUGCUAUCUGUAAAGAGUUAACUGGUAUUUCAAAUUCAAAAUAAAAGGGAAAUUACAAAUUGACCAGCUAAAUUUUAGGUGAAGAUUCGAUGUUUCUUAGAAAUUAGUAUUAGUUGGAAAUAAACUUACUCAAUAUUUUUUAAAUGAAUGCAUCAUAAUACUUUUGUAGCUCUAGCACAAAACAAGCUGUUUACAGUUUUCAGCUAAAAAGAGGAUGGUAGUUUAGAUGUAGCAUCUAUAGCAGUUCACAUUGCUGAGAAAAGGUAUUUUCUUCUGUGCAGAGCUAAAUGCAAUAAUUGUUUUUGUAUGAUGAUUUUGUGCUAGCAACAAUUUUUAUUGUAAUUUAUUUAUUUUAGUUGAUCUUGUUACAUGGGUGGUCACCUGUUCACUUAAGGCAUUGAUUACAGUAAUUUAUUUUCAAGAUAUAUUUUAAAAUAGAAUACAAGUGGUAAUUGAUGUGACUUGUUUUACUCUUGAAUGCAGGUAUCAAAUCUGCAGAAGUCAUAUACAGAUGAUUUUUCCAAACUUUUAUAGUUCUCAUGUUCCAAACCAGAGUGGUAUAACCUGUUUAUAGAAUACUUGCUAAGUGUAUAUUGUCACCUUAAAAUAUUUAUUAAUUCUUGCUUAAUAUGGAAUUUACUGAUAUACGUAAGAAUUUUUGAUGGAUUAAGUUUUUUACAAUGUGAGUAACUUGGGCAUUCUCAUAGUUUAAAUAAACUGCUUAUUGUAAAGAAACUUGGUUUCAUUGAAGU